GUGAGUGGGCGAGUGAGAGCCAGUAGUGCAAGUUCUACAGAUGACUGAGAAUGACGGUGUGCAAGUGAGACCAAGUGAUAUCUGGAGCAUCUUACGGCAUCCAUGGCCGAGGUGGCUUCCAAACUCAUGAGUGACAUGUAGACUCCCUGGGUCACGUAACACCAGCCGCAAAAAUAGGCAAUUGGUGGGCAAAAGAAAGCAGUAGGCAGGGGGGGCUCACACCGCUACCACAAACGUGUACCAAUGAUAUGGGUUGUUUUGGAAGCGGUGGGGCAGAUGGGGACGUCAGCGCCAAAAGAGAACGAAGAAAAAGACACAGGGAGAUCCAGAAGCAAAUCCAGCAGGAUAAGCAAGUGUAUCGGGCGACGCACAGAUUAUUAUUACUAGGAGCUGGCGAGUCCGGGAAAAGCACAAUUGUGAAGCAGAUGCGCAUUCUCCAUGUCCAUGGAUUUAGUGACGGGGAGAAAAAGGAGAAAAUCUCCCACAUCCUAUGCAACAUCAGAGAUGCUAUCUUGACGAUCACGGGUAGCAUGGCUACCCUGACACCGCCCGUCAGUUUAGAGGAUCCCAACAACCAGGCGAGUGUCGACUACAUUCAGGACGAAGCCUCGCAGAUCGACUUCGAUUAUCCUCCCGAGUUCUUUGACCACACCGAGAUCCUCUGGAGAGACAAGGGGGUGCAAGCUUGCUACGAGAGAAGCAAUGAAUACCAGCUCAUUGAUUGUGCCAAGUAG